GUGCUUGAUAUUGGCAAAGAGGUAAAACAACUGGAAGAAGAAAAGAACCGAUUUUUGCAUACAGUUGAUUUUAUUUCGCAACAGCAAACCGAACUUGAAACAUUGGUUGUGGAUCUGGAAAAAUCACUCGGCCUCGGAGAUUGGACAGAAAUGGCACCAAUCGGAUUACCCGAUCCGGGAAUUAGUACCCAUGCAGAUGUGAAACGACAAGAAAUUUAUUGUUAUGUGGAAAAUUUUAAUUUCUUAAAUCCGGUAUUUUCCAUCCGAUUUACACGAUACAGAACAUUUAUUUAUCAAAUGACCGAGCUUCAAAAAGUCAGCAAUGGUGGUGAUGAACAGGCGGAAACAGUGGAGCAGAUUGCCCAAAUUUUACGACGACAACUCGAUGCUUUGCAAUGGAUCGAUGAGCAAACCGGUGAGAUGAACUAA